AUCGAGACUGCAAAGUAGUUUGACACGGAGAAAGUCAGCCGCCGACAUUCAUUCACGAUCGUGGACUACAUUGUAACGAUGGAGGAUUCGAUCGAAAAACUGCCCGAACCAAAAGAAUCCACAUACCAGCUUCCUGUUAAGCUUGACGAAGCUCUCUUAAUGACUCGAUUUGGCCUCUAUAAUGUGUGUCUGAUCGCGAUUUCCGGAAUUAUUCUGGCAGGAGUGCUGCUAGAAACAUUAGGAAUAAGCUAUGUGCUGCCGGUAGCAGAGUGUGACUUGCUGUUGACGACCAAGGAAAAAGGGGUACUGAGUGCAAUUUCGUUUGCUGGCAUCAUCUGUAGUUCCCAUCUUUGGGGCUUUCUCGCAGAUACCCAAGGCAGACGAACCGUCAUAGUCCCAACACUUUUCUUGGCCUUUACGUCCACUGUGCUGUCCAGUUUUACGACCAGCUUCUGGGUCAUCACAGUUAUGCGAUUCUUGACGGGAUUUUUCAUUUCUGGAUCAUCGGCCACGAUCUAUGCCUACUUAGGAGAAUUUCACGCCAAACGAAACUCCUCGCGUUCUAUAAUGGGCGCUUCUUUCGUGUUUGGAGUCGGCUGCAUACUGCUGCCACUUAUCGCCUGGCUCGUCAUCAACCAAGAAUGGGAGUAUACGAUUCCGCUGCUGAAUAUCGUGUAUAAACCGUGGCGCCUGUUUCUUGUCGUCUGCGGGCUGCCCAGCCUAGUCUGUGCCCUGGCUCUGCUCUACUUCCCCGAGAGUCCAAAAUUUCUCUUCUCGCACGGCCAUGAACAAGAGACGAUCGCCAUUAUCCACCACAUGCACCGCUGGAAUACCAGAGGAAAAGCUUCGAAACUGAUGCUCAACUCGCUGCUACAGGAAACGGAAGCGGAGCAGACGAAACAACGGCGUGAAGAGACCGCUAAUACUAAGAGCGCGUUUAAGCUGCUGAAACAGAUGUGGCAUCAGACGGCGCCAUUGUUCAUGGGAUCCUACCUGAAGCGCACGGUGAUCAUUUGCGUGUUGCAGUUCGGUAUUUAUCUGACCUCGAACGGAAUGUACAUGUUCUUCCCGGAUAUACUGAACCGGAUUGCUGAGCAGGAGGAUGCAGGCGUAGAACGAAUAACCUUGUGCCAGGCAGUUUAUGCAACGCGUGUGGACAUCAGUCAAGUGGCACAGCAGGUGAACUCCACGGCGGUACAGGAUGCUGGUACAGCUGUCUGCCAUCAAAAGCUCGACAUCUCCGCCUAUGAGCAUUCGUUUGUGCUGGAAACGAUUUACGCAGUCGGUUUCGCCGUUAUUGGCCUUAUCGUGAAUGCUGUCGGAAGGCUGCCUAUUCUGGUGUUUGUGUUUGGCGUAUGCGGACUUAGUGGCAUUCUGAUCGUAUACAUCGACUUGCCUCUCUUGGCCAUCUGGUUCUACCUGAUACUGCUGACCUGCGGGUUCUGUAUCAGUGUAGUCAACGCUUGUACGGUCGAUUUGUUUCCAACGAAUUUGCGCGCCAUGGCGGUUUGCAUUUCUCUCAUGUUUGGAAGACUCGGUAGCGUUGUUGGAGCUAACAUUGUGGGCGUUCUGUUGGAUUCCUACUGUGAACUUACGUUCUGGAUUUCCGGUGUAUCGCUUAUCGCCUGCGCCGCCCUGUCGUUCUUCAUACCGAACAUCUACAACCGGAAUGUGUCGGAAGGAAGGAUCAGCGUAUCGUCUCGAUGACCACACCGGCAGUCUGAUACACUUAUACGGAAAACUCUAGAGACUGAAUUAUAAGAACCUCAUGCUUAACGAUGGAAUUAAUGAGUUUAGUGAUAGCUGUACUAUUAGAUGUAAUUUUAGCAGCUAUGUUUUAGUUGCCAUAAUAAAAAUAAGCUAAAAAUAAAGCUUCUUCAGAUCCAACACAAAA